CCAAGUGCCGUGCCCGUCUUAUGCUUAUCCAUCCAUCCCACAUAUGAAGCUGCCAUGAGUCUCCCGCAAAUACUCAGCCAGCAGCUCAAAGGCGUAUCGCAGUGGGGGCAGCAGGGGCAACACCGGCGUAUACGCAACCUCCUGGUGUGGCUCAUCCGGCGAGAACUGACACACCCGCACCCCACACACAAAGGGAGUACAUGUAGCUUUGGGCACGUGCCGAGUUUUUUGCCGCUGACCUGUAUGUAGAAGCUGUGAAGGUACGCUCUCACUACCCGCCAAGAGAGCCCCUUGGCCACGUGCCGUCUCUCUGGCUGUGUGGAGGGCAGGGCCGCGCACGUGCGGAUGGCGGCUGUCACAUCCAACAACCACGCCCACGAAGAUGCGGGCGCCCGGUAGACGGAGGGGCUGUGGUGGGGGCCCGCCACACACUCAUGCAGAGCGGACGCCAGCUCGAACACGGCAGUGUGGAAGAGGCUGUCAUGGAGACCAUAGCGGAGACACGCGUACACAAUCUGACGGACACAAAAGCAAACAGGUCACUCAUGGGCGGGGCGCAGAGAGAGAUAAAGAUGCGGUCGCUCACCUGGCAGAGCAGGAUGCACCAGUCGAGCCCCUUGAGGCCGGCGCACCGGAUGCGCUGCCCGUAGAAGGUGGGAAUGAUGGCCUUCCAGGCGUCGCUGGAGACAAUGUCGUCACUCUCCACCUGGUAGGGGACCCGACUAUGGGCCUCGUCGCUGUCCGCGAGCAUCUGGUGGAGGGGAGGCGGCAUAGACACGAUCAACAGACGGGUCGGGUGAGCAUGGUGCAAUGGUCCUGACCUGAGCGAAGACCGAGCUAUGUCUCGCCAUCACUGCAGAGUGGGCGUGCACGGCUUCCUUCCUCCCGCCAGUGUGCAUCUUUUCGCGACGCCCCUCGUGCCGUAUGGGUGCGAUUAUCGUCAGAUCCUCAGCCACGGGCAGGGCAAACGGCACAGACGGGGCAGGGGGCAUGCUGUCCAUGUCCGGGGCGACCGGGGGCGACACACACAUGUCUGAUCAAUCGGGAUGACGGAAUCAAACAACGGCCGAAACGUUGUGUGUCUCGCUUGGUCGCUUACCCCAUGCCAGCCGUCCUAGUGGAGUGAAGCCGCUGUCGUCCUCAAUCGCCAGGCAUCGGAAGAAUCGGUGCACAUCGACCAGGCGGAACACGUCAAAGACGUAGAAGUUGCGGGUGCUCGAGGCCACAUGGAGGAUCGUCUGGCCCGCCGUGUUGCGGUGGAGCAGCAGGUCGGGGCUGCACUCGUGGGUGAGGUCGAACAGCUCUGACAGCAACCGCUUGGCGGCCUCGCGCAUCACGAGGAGAGAGGACUCCUCAUACUGACAGAAAGGGGGCGAAGGAGAAGGCAGGGACACAUAAAAGGAAUAAUGGGGAAUAGUCGUGCCGUCAGACAGGCUUACCACGACGGAGCGGAACCGUGCACUCAUGAGGUGAAGGACGGUGUGCCCGUAUCUGGGAUGUCUGAAUUGGACGACGGCCUCGUCACCCCUCGUCAGGAGGUCGAGUGCGAUGUCGUCCUUCCCGGCCUCGAUCGCCGCCCACAGAUAUGGCAAUCCAUCACCGUCCAGCCCACUCGGGUUGAACGACAGCUGAGCCAACGUGGCCUGGUCGCCCUGCACACAGCCGGAGAAAAGAGACAGAGACCUGCAUGAGCCUCACCGAGACCUGUGCAGGUGCUGCCCUACCGAUGUGAUGGCAUCCAUGACGGCUCUCUCCAUCUUAUUGCUCCCUCCCCUCUCCCCCUGCCCAUCCGCCCGCUCUUCACUCUCAAACGUCGCUGGCCGUGUCAGUUCCUCGCUCCGAGACCCGCGGGCCGACCGGGCGACGGACGAAGAAGGGACAGGGUGGGGGGAGGGGGACAGAUCAGCUGGCGAUGUGGCGUCCAAGGCGGCAAGUGAUGCACGAUUCCCCUGAAAGACAGACAGACAAAAAAAAGUGAAGACAAGCAAGUGGGUGUGUCGUGUCCAGCUGCGAAGUGACGUUCUCCAUCAUUUCUCGUGAAUGAGUUCUUACGUGGUUUCUCUUCAAUGCAGCUCGCUCUUGGACUGUGUCCUUCUGGCGACAGCCCCUCACAGGAUCUGUCUCAUGGCCAAGGGCACCACUACCGUAGCUAUUUCGCUCUUGGUGCGACAUGGGGGUGGGCGAGGCCGCAGUCGGAGGCCAUAUGGAUGGAUGAGACGUAGACUGGUGCUGCGAUGGGUUGCUGAGGAAGUCUCGCUGUGCCCUGAUGCGACCGGCUACCGACUGAUCGUGGCCAAAGGGGGCUAUCUGGACAUACACCUGAGUGACGAGACACCCCGUUUCCAUAAGUGAGACACGAAGAGAUCUCUGUCUUCCUCUGACGUUGAUGAGGUUGGUGUUGAGAAAGCCGUCGAGGAACUCGGAGUGCAGCUCCAUUGCCUCGGGCAGGCACUCCGGCUCGCCAAAGGGGUCCUCAAAGGCAUCCACACACCGAUCGAAGAGCCGUGUGCUCUCUUCGCUGGCCCGAUAGAACAGAUCCAUUGCAACAGUCCCUGCACGACAAUAAGCAUUACAGCAAUCACAUCGGCUGACUAUGGAGAGCUUCACCUGGCUCCUUACCAGCCAGGGCCUUGCGCAUGUCCAACUCCAAGUCCACGCCAAUCCGGUCGCCAGCAGCACGCAGCUAGGACGCACGAAAUACAAUACACACGGCGACAAUAGCGAUCGUCUGAGGAGUCGUCCUUCAGUGCUCACCUGUUGGUUGACACUAGCCUGCAGCUGCUCUAGAUACUGCCAAGAGGUGAGAAGGCUCACCAGGACACCAACAGGCGAGACCGGAGAAUCCUGUCGGUUUGUCGGACAGAAAUCAAUGUCAUUUCGUGCAAGUUGUGAGGUGUCUGCAGAUCUGAGCCUUGCCCACUCGUCUGCUCAGUAGCUGGUUUGCCUCGUCCACACUGUGGUUGUACGUGGCGAUGGCGUCCAAGCAGUGCUGCAGCGUGGAAAGGUCCUCCGCAGGAAAUGACGCCUGCACCCCCAAAGGCAACAAGGCAACACAUGAUAGUCUCGCAUCUUGACUGCCACUCUAAGGCCGCACCUUCUGGAGCAUGUCGGUGCGAGUAAGGCUUGCCUGCUGGCGCAAGCACGCUGCACGACUCGCCCAGCUCCUCAGCUGUGCCUCGUUCCAUAGAACCGAGCUGGAACGAAACCCCGCGAGGAACACCAUUGCAAUCGGAGGCAGCCCAAGGCAUGGCGACCGUCUUAUCAGGCGUAUGUACCUAUCGGUGAGUUCGUGUUUGAGGUCGGCGAUGGCUGCUUCAAGAGAUCGCACCCUGAUCAUUAGAACACACAAUGUAAUGUACGCUUGAAUUCGUCUUUUUUUCCUCGUUUUGCCGGGCCCACCUUGCCAAGUGCCCCAGAAAGGGUUGCGAAGCCGUAUACCCCUCGUCUGUGGACACCGCAUGCCUCUGUGUCAGCGAACACAUCCCCCCUCACCGCUUGCCGAUCUUACCUUCUCGCGACCGCAUCGCUGAACGGCUACGAUUGAUAAGCUGCAUGCCGACAUGGUGUGUGCGAUACGUAUCAGCCAGCUGCCGUGGUGCUGGAGUUAUCGAGCGCAUCGGACCGUG